AACCAGCUUGACAAGGAUGAAUAACAACAACAGCAAGAGUAGUUCAUAUUCUCUUCCUUUUCUUCCUCUUCACCUUCUUCAUCAUAUAUUCCUUACAACCCCACACUUUUACUUCACAGGAGCUGUUCUUCUCAUAUUCCUGCCCAGCUAUCAUCAAUCUAUACAGAAUGAACUGAGUUGCUUACUGUACAGUAGUAUUCAGCAUGAGUUGUGGCCUCUUGAUGACAUUGAUCCAAAGAAGGCAAAGUUCCCCUGUUGUUUGGUUUGGACUCCUCUCCCUAUCGUCUCUUGGUUGGCACCAUUUGUUGGACAUGUUGGCAUUUGCAGGGAGGAUGGUGCUAUUUUAGAUUUUGCAGGCUCCAAUUUUGUGAAUGUUGAUGAUUUUGCAUUUGGUGCCGUUGCUAGGUAUCUCCAACUUGAUAGAAAACAGUGUUGUUUUACCCCAAAUCUGGGUGGCCACACUUGCAAGCAUGGCUACAAGCAUGCAGAGUUUGGGACUGCACUCACCUGGGAUGAUGCCCUGCAAUCAAGCACUCGCUACAUUGAGCACAAAACCUACAACAUCUUCACUUGCAAUUGCCACUCAUUCGUAGCAAACUUUUUGAAUCGGAUAUGCUAUGGUGGAUCAAUGAAUUGGAACAUGGUGAAUGUGGCGGCUUUAGUACUGCUGAAGGGGCAUUGGGUUGAUGCCUUUUCUGUCUUGAAGUCAUUCCUCCCUUUUCUACUUGUGCUCUGUCUAGGUGUUUUCAUGGUUGGAUGGCCAUUCAUGGUGGCGCUUUUCUCCUUCUCUUCUCUCCUUUUGCUGUGGUUUGUACUUGGUUCUUAUUGUCUUAAGACCUUGUUAGACUGCUAGUAAUUUCUUGUUUUGAGUGGGGGGAACAAUUUUGAACAGUUUAUUGAAUAAAUAUGUGAAAUGUCUUUAGUUCCUGCUACAGGUUGGAUAUAUACAACUCGAAGCAAAUGUAUUUGACAUGGUGAAUCAAUUAGACAUUGACUUUGGA